CCCCACAGCGCCCCCUGCUGGGAGAGGCUGGAACUGGAGGACCUGUACUCCAGGGCAAAAUAGCCUUUUCUAAUGCCCAUUUUUCUCCUACAGUGAGCCCCAAUGCCUAUGGUGCACCCCGAACCCCCUGACGGGGGCUGGGGCUGGAUGGUGGUGCUGGCCGCCUUCUUCCAGUCGGCGCUGGUUUUCGGGGUGAUCCGCUCCUUUGGGGUCUUCUUCAUGGAGUUUGUGGGGUACUUCGGGGAGCUGUCAGGACGGGUGUCCUGGAUCACCUCCAUCGGGAUUGCAGUGCAGCAAUUUGCUAGUCCGGUGGGCAGCGCCCUCAGCACGCAGUACGGCGCGCGCCCCGUGGUGAUGGCCGGGGGCUUCCUCUCAGGGCUGGGCAUGCUCCUGGCUUCCUUCGCCACCAGCCUGACGCACCUGUACCUGAGCAUCGGGCUGCUCUCAGCAGCAGGAAAUCACGAGGACAACUAUGGGUCAACAGAUGCAGAGGUUGAAAAAGUUAGACCUUGGUAGCCAUAAAAACAGAAGCGGUCCAUAUCACGUGUCCAAACAAAACUGGAUUUCAGGGUAUUAUCUCUUAUCCAUAUGGACCACUACUUUGCUUUAAAAUAAUUGACAAGUCACUUGAUCAGUUGUUUUUGGACAGGACCAAUGCCCAACCACAGGAAUGCUCGUAUAUCAUAGAAUCAUAGAAUAUCAGAGUUGGAAGGGACCUCAGGAGGUAUCUAGUCCAA